CCUGGGCGCGCACCCGCGGAGCCGCCGCUCGGACCGGGAGCCACCCGGAGCCGCCGCCGCCGCCGCUGCCGCCGCCCGCCGGACCCCUGGACCCGCCGCCCGCCCGCCGGGCGCUGCAUGGCCCGGGCUGCGGAGCCCCGGAGCUCUCCCGACUCGGCGCCGCCUGCGGGGCUGCCACCCCGGGGCGCCCCGGGGACCCCCGCGCGCUGACACCCCGCGCGCCCCCGCCGCCGCGAGCCCGGAUCCCCCGCGGGGACGCGCCCCGGGGCCCCGCCGGCCUAGAGGAAGCCGAAGCCGCGGGAGGGGCGCGGAAAGCGAAAGUCGGGGCGCGGCGCACCCCCACCCGCCUCGGCCCGGGGCGCCCUCCCGCCGCGGACAGGACGGCAGGGGGCUCCGGGCAGGCCGGCCGCGCCAUGGGGCGUCGCUGCGCCCUGGCCCUCGUCCUGGUGUCGGCGCUGCUGUGCCAGGUCUGGAGCUCGGGGGUGUUCGAACUGAAGCUGCAGGAGUUCAUCAACAAGAAGGGGCUGCUGGGGAACCGCAGCUGCUGCCGCGGGGGCGCGGGCCCGCCCUGCGCCUGCAGCACCUUCUUCCGCGUGUGUCUGAAGCACUACCAGGCCAGCGUGUCCCCCGAGCCGCCCUGCACCUACGGCAGCACCGUCACCCCCGUGCUGGGCGUGGACUCAUUCAGCCUGCCUGAGGGUGCGGGCGCCGACCCCGCCUUCAGCAACCCCAUCCGCUUCCCCUUUGGCUUCACCUGGCCGGGCACCUUUUCACUCAUCAUUGAGGCCUUGCACACAGACUCUCCUGAAGACCUCACCACAGAGAACCCCGACAGGCUCAUCAGCCGCCUGACCACACAGCGGCACCUGACGGUAGGCGAGGAGUGGUCGCAGGACCUGCACAGCAGCGGCCGGACGGACCUCAAGUACUCGUACCGCUUUGUGUGUGAUGAACACUAUUACGGCGAGGGCUGCUCUGUCUUCUGCCGGCCCCGGGACGAUGCCUUUGGCCAUUUCACUUGCGGGGAGCGGGGAGAGAAGGUCUGCAACCCCGGCUGGAAGGGCCAGUACUGCACAGAACCGCUCUGUCUGCCUGGCUGUGAUGAUCACCAUGGGUUCUGUGACAAGCCAGGGGAAUGCAAGUGCAGAGUGGGCUGGCAGGGCCGCUACUGUGACCAGUGUAUCCGCUACCCAGGCUGUCUCCAUGGCACCUGCCAGCAGCCCUGGCAGUGCACCUGUCAGGAGGGCUGGGGGGGCCUCUUCUGCAACCAGGACCUCAAUUACUGCACACACCACAAGCCCUGCAGGAACGGGGCCACCUGCACCAACACCGGGCAGGGCAGCUACACCUGCUCCUGCCGCCCCGGCUUCACGGGCGCCACCUGCGAGACGGAGGUGGACGAGUGCGCGGCCAACCCCUGCAGGAAUGGUGGCAGCUGCACGGACCUAGAGAACGGCUACUCCUGCAGCUGCGCGCCCGGCUUCUACGGCAAGGUGUGUGAGCUGAGCGCCAUGGCGUGUGCUGACGGGCCCUGCUUCAACGGGGGUCGCUGCUCUGACAACCCCCAGGGUGGCUACACCUGCCACUGCCCUGCCGGCUUCUCUGGCUUCAACUGCGAGAAGAAGAUGGAUGUCUGUGGCUCGGCACCCUGUGCCAACGGUGGGCAGUGCGUGGGCCUGGGUGACGCCUACCUAUGCCACUGCCGGCCCGGCUUCUCGGGGCGCCAGUGCGGAAGCCGCACGGACGCCUGUGCCUCGGCCCCCUGCGCCCACGGGGGCACCUGCCGGGAUGGCGUGGACGGCUACUCCUGCACCUGCCCGCCGGGGUACACCGGCCGCAACUGCAGCGCCCCGGUCAGCCGCUGUGAACUGGCACCUUGCCACAACGGUGCCACCUGCCACCAGCGUGACGGCCGCUACCUGUGCGAGUGUGCCCGCGGCUACGGGGGCCCCAACUGCCAGUUCCUGCUGCCUGAGCCUCACGGGCAGCUGCUGGUGGACGGCCAGGCAGGGCCCUUCCCCUGGGCGGCCGUGGGCGCUGGUGUGGUGCUGGUGCUGCUGCUGCUUCUGGGCUGUGCGGCGGGCGUGGUGUGUGUGAGGCUGCAGCUGCAGAAGCGCCGGCUGCCUGCGGAGCUGGGCCCAGGCGACUCAGGCACCAUGAACAACCUCACCAGCUGCCAGCGCCACAAGGACGUGGCGGUGAGCGUGCUGGGUGGCCCGCAGGUGAAGAACACCAACAAGAAGGCCGAGCUGCACCACGGCGAGCUGGGGCCGCCCGAAAAGGCCGGAUUCAAGGCCCAUUACCCCACCAUGGAGUACAAGCUGGUGCCCGGCCUGAAGGAGCCCCCUGGCAAGCUCGACCCCUUCGGCCAGGUCCAGGGCUCCACGAGGGAGGACAAGGGCUCCCUCACUCUGCGGGGGGGAGAGGUGUCAGAGAGGAGGAGGCCAGAUUCUGUGCACUCGACGUCGAAAGACACCAAAUACCAGUCAGUGUUCGUCAUCUCAGAGGAGAAGGACGAGUGUGUCAUUGCCACUGAGGUAUAGAGUGGAAGUGAGAUGGCAAAACCCCGCGUUUCUCUUAAAAUAAGAAGAUUCCAAGGAUCUUUGACCCCAUGGUUGCUGCUGCAGGAGGGAGCCUUCAGGACAGCUGCUGAGAAUAGGUCCAGCCGGGCUUCUCGGAGUCGGCCGGCCCAGGCCUCGCCCCUCAGUCCUCAUUGCACUAUGGACAGCUCUCGGGAGAGAGAGAGAGAGAGAGAGAGAGGGAGAGUGAGUGUGUGAGAGAGAGAGAGAGUGAGAGAGAGAGAGCUAACACAGACGUCGCCAGGACAGAGACGGCGUGUGACCACAAGUCUGCCUCUCGGAUUCUUAUGAGCCAGUCUUUCCUGAUCUAGAAUCACAAACACUGCCUUCUUCACCGUCCUUUUUGAUACUAAAACGUGUCUUUUUCUAGGUGGGAAAAAAAAAAGAGAUGUGUGUUAUUUUUUUGGACUUGUAAAAAGUAUUUUUCAUGAUAUCUGUAAAGCUUGAGUAUUUUGUGAUGUUCAUUUUUUUAUAAUUUAAAUCUUGGGUAAAUAUGUACAGAGGCACUUAGGAGUCGAUGUGACUAUAUUUUUUUGUAUAUAAAUGUAUUUAUGGAAUAUUGUGCAAAUGUUAUUUGAUUUUUUUUACUGUUUUGUUAAUGAAGAAAUUCCUUUUUAAAAUAUUUUUCCAGAAUAAAUAUUAUGAAUGGCG